GCGCUGACUGAAAUCAUGACGAAUGGAUCUAAUAGCGACUAAAAUCGCCGUUGCCGUUAUAUUUGCUUUCAUUCGAGUCUUUUUCGGUUUAUUACCAAUUAAAAUCUACAAGAUAUUAAAAAUAUGGGAGAAAGAAGACGAAGGGGCCGCUUUUAUCAACGAACGAAGACACAAGCAAGUGAAUUGUUCGUUGGCGAUAUUUCAGAGUUUUGGUGGAGGCGUUCUAUUCGCCACUUGCUUUUUACAUAUGAUACCGGAAGUGAAUAAAUCGGUUCAAUUUCUUUGCAAAGAUAAUGGAAUGGGGACUUCCUAUCCUUUUGCUCAAGUUAUCGUUUCGACGGGAUUCUUCUUGGUUUAUUUCGUCGAAGAAAUCUCUCAUUGGUUAAUCACAAGGAUGGGAAGAGAAACUCGAAAAAGUAUUCAGUGUAAAAGAAAUUCCUGUUCUCAAAGUUUGAAGGAGAAUAAGAUUCACCCGGGGGAGAUUAAUGGUACUCCGGAACGUGUUUACAUCAUUGAUCCCUCUCCAAAAAAAUCGCCACCAACUUCAGCGUCCAUAGUAUCAGAAAAAAAUAAAAGAAACUUAAAGAUAGAUCUCGAAUUAGACGACAUUUCAAAAAACACCUUCCUUGAAGAUGACGAAACCGCCGAAGAGGAAAAACAACUUGAAAAACUCCUAGUAAAGCAAGAAAAAAAUCAACAACAAGUACUUCGUUGUUGUUUAGUUAUCUUAGCUUUAUCGUUACACGGAUUUUUCGAAGGCUUAGCAAUCGGGCUUCAAGUUUCGAUUUCAAACAUCUGGUAUCUUUCGACAGCAAUUUCAAUACAUUCAGCAACUAUUUUAUUUUGCGUCGGUUUGGAAUUGUUAAUUGCUCGAACGAAAAUGAAAAUAAUCGUUUUAAAUGUUUUCAUUUUAUCAUCGACGAGUCCUUUUGGAGUCUUAUUGGGUUUAGUUAUUACUUUAUAUGCUGACAUGAAUACAACAGCAAAAUCUUUAGCCGUUGUUUUAUUAGAAGGAUUAUCAGCUGGAACUAUUUUGUAUAUUACAUUUUUUGAAGUUUUAAAUCGUGAAAAAGAAAGAAGGGUUAUUAUACUUACACGCGCGUGUUUUAUUUUAACUGGUUUUACGUUGAUGGCUAUAUUGGAAUAUGUUGAAUUAGGGAAAUGAAAUAAAAACUUAACCCUGCAUAAAAAAGUGAAA